CACCAGUGUGAGAGACGGAGAAGGAGACAGACCCCAGCUCGCUCCUGCGGCUCCCAUUGGCUGGCACUUUGUACAAAAUCUAACUCCAACCACUUCACUCUCAACACAACGACAAAUCCUGAAGGCGCACACGCAGCCUCCUCCAUCUCUCCUCCGCCGCUUCAGAUCCUGAUGAAGGCGCUCAACGCUCAACUUUUAUCUGCUCUCUUGUUCUGCUUUGAGGAGACCUGGUUCGGUUCCUGCUCCGCUCUGUGAUCCCAUGAUAUUUAUUCGUUUUUCAAGCAACAGGACUGCUCGUUUUCAGAGAGUUUUACCAUUUAUCUAAAGGAAACUGUGUUUUCUCAACAUUCACGCUACGGUGACGGGAACACGGGGAACGCCGGGAGUGGAGGACAGCCAGAGCGCAUCGGGAGUUACAUCCAUUUUCAAAAUUUUCUCCAACUUCAACCCCCAAACAAACAUUAGCAUGAUGUCGUAUCUAAAGCAACCACCUUACACGGUCAAUGGCCUGAGCUUAACUACCUCUGGGAUGGAUCUUUUACAUCCGUCAGUGGGAUAUCCAGCUACACCACGGAAACAGAGGAGAGAAAGGACUACUUUUACGCGCGCACAGCUCGACGUGUUGGAGGCGUUGUUCGCCAAAACGCGGUAUCCUGACAUCUUUAUGCGGGAAGAAGUGGCGCUGAAAAUCAAUCUUCCCGAGUCCAGAGUACAGGUCUGGUUUAAGAACAGGCGGGCAAAGUGUCGCCAGCAGCAGCAACAGCAGCAGAACGGGGGUCAGAACAAAGUGCGACCCCCCAAAAAGAAAAGUUCCCCAACUAGAGAAGUGAGCUCGGAGAGCGGGGCCAGCGGUCAGUUUACGCCCCCUACCAGCACCACCACGGUCCCCGCCAUCUCAAGCAGCACCGCGCCAGUUUCGAUAUGGAGUCCGGCGUCCAUCUCUCCUCUGUCAGAUCCCUUGUCUACCUCCUCCUCCUGCAUGCAGAGGUCCUACCCCAUGACCUACACCCAGGCGUCGGGGUACAGCCAGGGCUACGCCGGCUCCACGUCCUACUUCGGGGGUAUGGACUGCUCCUCUUACCUCACUCCCAUGCACCACCAGCUCUCAGGCCCGGGCUCGACCCUCAGUCCCAUGAGCACGAACGCGGUCACAAGCCAUCUCAAUCAGUCACCGGCGUCCCUCUCCACCCAGGGCUACGGGACAUCCGGCCUGAGCUUCAACUCCACAGCAGACUGCUUGGAUUAUAAGGACCAAGCGGCGUCGUGGAAGCUGAACUUCAAUGCCGAUUGCUUGGAUUAUAAGGAUCAGACAUCCUCGUGGAAAUUCCAGGUCCUGUGAACAGAACAUCAGCUGUGGCAACGUCCACAAACACUGAAGAUCCCACGCGAGAAAAGAAAAAAAACACCCGAUUAGACUGCUUCAGCUUGACGCAGCAGUGGGGCUCUCGGGCGGGGGGAAGGGGGGCUCAAGUUUUUGGGGGGCAUGAAGAGCUUCGGUUCUCCUUUAGAGGAGAGACUUAAUUUAUUUUAGCACUGGGUUUUUUCUUUCAUCUAUUUUUACAAGUUGUAGCCCCCUUUUUUUAAUCCACGUCUGCCUCCAUCCGGAGGAAAAAGAAGAAAAAAAAAAUCACCUGUUGAGGAAGACACUCAUGAACCUAACACGCAGAGCCACGGAACUAAAGAACACUUCAAAGUUAACGCUGGUGAUCGGGGAUGAACAGACUUCCUCUGAGUUUCUUCUAAAGUUUGCCACCUCUGGCAGAGACACGAGGAUGGUGCGUGGACAUGGAUGCACUACUUUAUUUAAAAAUAUGUUUAUAAGGAAUCAAUAUGUAGUUUCUAAGAGACAAUCAGUGUGCGUCUUAUAUAACUGGUACAUACAUAUGUGUGUGUGUGUUUUUUUUUAUCUGUGCUAGCCUUCUAAACUGUGAUCUGUUGUAUUGUAUGCAAUUUGUGAGCCGCCCCCCUCCUUCCCUCACAUCAGACUUUGCUGUAAUUUUAAUAGAUUUUUUUAAAACAUUUUCUUUAUUUUUAUUUUAUUAUUUUUUGGUUUGUUAAUUUUUAUUUUAAGGAUGAAAAAUGUUGAAAUGCAUCAGAGAGAUACAUAGAAAGCACACGGUUGUGACAAUGAAGAGUUAGGCAUACAGGACCCCCCCCCCCCCCAUCCCCUCCCCGCCCCAGACCCCCUUUCCUCCUUCAUUGAUCUCAACACAGAGUGACCGAGGAGCCGCCAAUGGGCUCCCAAAGACCGGUGUGACCUCACCGCUGAAAACAUGAAUAAUAAAAAAAAGUCAUGUGAGCACUCAUCGAGAAGCAAUCUGUGUGUGCGUGUGAAUUCGCAGGCGUGAUGUGCACAAAACUUUCAAAAAAUAAUGAAUCACGACAAAUUAAAUUGCAAGUUUUUUCUUACAAUCGAAUUUAUUUAAUUUUAAAAGAGAUUUAAGUAAUAACUUUGGCACAAACCUUCACCAAUUUGCCCUUCUUUAUUGCAAAUAUAAGAAAAACGUUAACAAUUUUUGGGGGAAAGGGUGAUUUCCUUUAUUAUUGGGUCUUGAGAAAAGGAAGAAGUGUUUUCUGUCGGGGGAGGUGGGGAGGGCGUUAUUUGAUGCACUUAUUUGAUGCACUCUUUAAGAGGUUGAUGUCAUUUUUUAGUGGUCCCUCUCUCUAAGAUCUGGAAGAAGAAUGCUCAAAGAAUUAAGCGGGGGGAAAAUGAUGCAAUAUCUGGAUUUGCAGGAAAAUAUGUUGAUACAUCAGUUUUUCAGAUUCAAACCAAUAAAAAAAAUACUGCCCAUGGGCACGCUAAUAGUCCAGAGUGGAGUAGAACCAUUAAAUGACUGUUCUUCA